CGGCCCGGGAAGGGCGCCCAUGGAGCCGGGAUUGCCGGCUCGACGGAUAGCCAUGGCGCCGCUGUUGGAGUAUGAGAGGCAGCUGGUAUUGGAACUGCUCGACACUGACGGGCUGGUCGUGUGCGCCCGCGGGCUCGGCGCAGAUCGGCUCCUCUACCAUUUCCUCCGGCUGCACUGCCACCCGGCCUGCUUGGUGCUGGUGCUCAACACGCAGCCGGCCGAGGAGGAGUAUUUUAUCAGUCAGCUGAAGAUAGAAGGAGUUGAACACCUCCCUUGCCGAGUGACAAAUGAAAUCGCAAGUAACAAUCGCUAUGAGGUUUACACAAGAGGCGGUGUCAUAUUUGCAACAAGUCGAAUACUGGUGGUUGAUUUCUUAACUGACAGAAUACCUUCAGAUUUAAUAACUGGCAUCUUGGUGUACAGAGCCCACAGGAUAAUCGAGUCUUGCCAGGAAGCAUUCAUCCUGCGUCUCUUUCGCCAAAAAAACAAACGUGGGUUCAUCAAAGCUUUCACAGACAACGCCGUGGCCUUUGAUACUGGUUUCUGUCACGUGGAAAGAGUGAUGAGAAAUCUUUUUGUGAAGAAGCUCCACCUAUGGCCAAGGUUCCAUGUGUCCGUCCACUCAUUCUUAGAGCAGCACAAGCCUGAGGUGGUGGAGAUCCAUGUUUCCAUGACACCUGCCAUGCUCGCCAUCCAGACGGCCAUCCUGGACAUCUUAAAUGCAUGUCUCAAGGAGCUGAAGAGCCACAACCCAACUCUUGAAGUGGAAGAUUUAUCUUUAGAAAACGCUAUUGGGAAACCUUUCGACAAGACAAUCCGCCAUUAUCUGGACCCCUUGUGGCACCAGCUUGGAGCCAAGACCAAAUCCUUGGUUCAGGAUUUAAAGAUACUGAGAACUUUGCUACAGUAUCUCUCUCAGUACGACUGUGUCACAUUUCUUAACCUUCUGGAAUCUCUGAGAGCAACGGAGAAGGCUUUUGGUCAGAAUUCAGGUUGGCUGUUUCUUGACUCCAGCACCUCAAUGUUCGUAAAUGCUCGAGCAAGGGUUUAUCAUGUUCCAGAUGCCAAAAUGAGUAAAAAAGGCAAAAUGCCUGAAAAAACGGAAAUGAAAGAAGGGCAAGAAUCAAAAAAGGAACUGGUCCUAGAAAGCAACCCCAAGUGGGAGGCACUGACUGAAGUACUGAAAGAAAUUGAGGCCGAAAAUAAGGAGAGCGAAGCCCUUGGUGGCCCAGGUCAGGUGCUCAUCUGUGCCAGCGAUGAGCGCACGUGCGCCCAGCUGCGGGACUACCUCACUGCGGGCGCCGAGGCCUUCUUGCUGAGGCUGUACAGGAAGACCUUUGAGAAGGACAGCAAAGCUGAGGAGGUGUGGAUGCGAUUCAGAAAGGAGGACGGUUCCAAGAGAGCCAUGAAAUCCAACAAAAGACCCAAAGAGCCCCAGAACAAAGAUCGGGCCUCUGCCAGAGACAGGAGUCUCAAGAAGAAGAAGCGAAAGUUGACGCUGACUCAGAUGAUCGGGAAGUCAGAGGAACUGGAAGAGGCCGCGGACGUGGAGGAAGGUUACCGCAGAGAAGCGGGCAGCAGCCCCGAGAGUGGCGAGGAGGAGGUGAAGCACGAAGCCUUCGAUGUCAAUCUGUCCUCGGAUGCCGCCUACGGGAUCCUCAAGGAGCCGCUCACCAUCAUCCACCCACUGCUGGGCUGCAGUGACCCGUAUGCGCUGACCAGGGUGCUGCACGAAGUGGAGCCGCGGUACGUGGUGCUCUACGACGCAGAGCUCACCUUUGUCCGGCAGCUGGAAAUCUACAGGGCAAGCAGGCCCGGGAAACCUCUGAGGGUUUACUUUCUCAUAUAUGGAGGUUCGACAGAAGAGCAACGCUAUCUCACCGCUUUGAGGAAAGAAAAGGAAGCUUUUGAAAAACUCAUAAGGGAAAAGGCGAGCAUGGUCAUCCCUGAAGAAAGAGAAGGCCGAGACGACACCAACCUGGACCUUGCAAGAGGCGCAGCAUCAACAAAUGCGUCCACCGACACCCGCAAAGCCGGUGGCCAAGAACAGAACGGAGUACAGCAGAGCAUAGUAGUGGACAUGCGCGAGUUUCGCAGUGAGCUGCCAUCCCUGAUCCACCGCCGGGGCAUCGACAUUGAGCCGGUGACUCUGGAGGUGGGCGACUACAUCCUGACCCCGGAGAUGUGCGUGGAGCGCAAGAGCAUCAGCGACCUGAUCGGCUCCUUGAACAACGGCCGCCUCUACAGCCAGUGCGUCUCCAUGUCCCGCUACUACAAGCGCCCGGUGCUGCUCAUCGAGUUCGACCCGAGCAAGCCCUUCUCCCUCACGUCCCGCGGUGCCUUGUUCCAGGAGAUCUCCAGCAAUGACGUCAGCUCCAAACUCACCCUUCUCACGCUUCACUUCCCCAGGCUGCGGCUUCUCUGGUGCCCGUCCCCCCAUGCCACCGCGGAGUUGUUCGAGGAACUGAAACAAAAUAAGCCGCAGCCCGAUGCGGCCACGGCCCUGGCGGUCACAGCCGAUUCCGAAACCCUCCCCGAGUCGGAGAAGUAUAACCCUGGCCCCCAAGACUUCUUGUUAAAAAUGCCCGGAGUGAACGCCAAAAACUGCCACUCCUUGAUGAACCACGUUAAGAACAUCGCAGAAUUGGCCACCCUGUCCCUGGACAAGCUCACGGGCCUCCUGGGGCACGCUGCCAACGCCAAGCAGCUGUACGAGUUCCUUCACACCCCCUAUGCGGAAGUCGUGUCUAAAGGGAAGCUGAAAAAGUGAGCAGGCUUGUCCUCCCUCGACUGGCGCAGCCCUCUCUGCCAGCCGCACGGGGUCAUUAUUAAUCAUCCGCUCAGUGAUUCCUUCUUUUCCAGUGCUUUCAAUGAUUGUGCGUCCUGUCUCCAAGGUCGGUGGACCAGAAGCCAAGCUUCCUGUGCACGUUGGGCUUAGGUGUCUCUCUAACUGUCCCUGGCCUCUCUCUCUUCCCCUACCCGCUGCACUGUCCAGGUCAGGCCUAGUAUAUUCCAUCUCUAAAUGAGGAGUGUCAGGACCAGACAGAGGUUCUGCAAGUGUUCAUAGAAGACUGCUCCGAAGCAAGCAGGAAUUUGUGUCUCCUACACAAACUGAUAAGACACACAAUCAUGUUCUUACCUGCUCUCUACACAGGGCCCUCUGGAACCCUAAGGAGGAGUCUCUCUGCCAUUCCUGAUCAGUUCUUUCCACCACAUUUCCUUCAAUUUCAUACUCCUUGGGGACUUCCUGCUGCUAAUUUAAGAGAGCCACUUCUAAAGCUGGCUGACAAGUCUCCUAACCACCCAAAUAUAUGCAGCACCUACUAUAACUUGUUUAUCAGAAACCAGUACUUUUAAGACAUAAAAUGAAUUACCUGUUCACAGAAUCGAGUGGUACAGGUGCAGGAGCCCUUAGAAUUCUUAGUUCUUGCACAUGUUCAGUCUCCUAAAUCCCAAAGAUCUUCAAACCCAAAUGAAUACUCACAGUCUUGUAAAGACUCCCACUUUUCCCACCUGUCUUCACUAGACUAAGAAACUCAUACCACAUCCUCCAGAAACACAUGGUCCUCUGAGUCCCCAUGCCUCCUGUUCCUGUACCAGGCACCUCCUUCUUUUCCUGGGUGAGCUCUCCAACAUGAGCAACCCUCAAAGCUUUUAAGAUUGAGUUUUCUUUCUUUCCUGUUGAGAUAAAAGGAUUAUAGAUAAAUGGAAGAUCAAAGCAUAGAAUAUAUAAAAGCUCAAAUGAAAUGUAUAAAGAAACUAAUUCCUUCUAAAUCUCCUCCUGAUUGACUUAGGUCUGCUUUUUACUGAGGUGUGCAUGCAAGGUCUCCAUAGCAUCUCUGCAGUUUUUAAACUUUGAUAUUUAAACAUUAUUAACUUAGCUAUUAUUAUUCACUGUUUAGUAACGAGCAGUCAAUUUUCUACCUCAAGAGCUGCUGUAGGCAUCAGUUCUGCUGUCCCUGUCAUCCGGUAUAAUCUUUGAUCAGUGUCAGCUCUUUCUUGGUUGGUCAUGACAAACUAGGACAGUGACCCUUGUAACAGAAAUGUGUCUUCUCUUUUAACAAAAGCACUUACUGAACCUCUCAUUGGCAUCUUGAUUUGUUGGUACUUAAAAGUAUGUUGGUCCCUCAUUGUCCGUGGAGGCUGGUUCCAGAACCCUGUUAUGGCACCGAAUCUGCGGAUGCUCAGGUCCCUCCUAUAAAACAGUGUAGUCUUUGCACACGACCUGUGCACAUCCUGCUGUGUAUUUUAAACCAUCUCUAGAUUAUCUAAGUAUUUAAUACGGGGUAAAUGCUGGGUAAGUAGCUAUUAGACUGUUCUGUUUAGAGAAUAAUGACAAAGGGGGGGGGGGCUAUAUACAUUCAGCACAAAUGCAGUUUAAUUUUUUUUCCAAAAUCUUUUCGAUUCUCAGUUAAAUCUACGAUACAGAACCCUUGGAUGCAGACUGUGGGUUUGGAACUCCCUCCAGGGCACUUCAGGAAAGAAUUGAGGGGUAUCAAGAGCCAGUUUGAUGACCAUAGAACUCCGUAAGGUGAUGUAGAGAACAGAGAAGGAAACGGGUGGAAUAAAGAUUUGAGCUACUAUUUUUGUCCCAGGGAUAAAACUAUACCCUCCAGGGUAAGAAACAAACCCACUGAAUGAUGACAACAUUAAUUGUUGGCAUUCACUUCUGUAUUUAUUAUUUUAUGGAAGAGUUCAAUCAUAGUGUAUUGACCACUAAAAUAGACAUACCACUUCAAAUGACAAUGGUCAUUAUCACAUUUCUUCACCCUAGCCUAGCACUUCAGCGUCGGGUAUGUAAUUUCUAUUUUUUUCUUCUUGUAUAAUUCCACCUGCCUUUUAUUGUUGUGUCAUUACAUAAAACAAAAGUCUUCACAUAGUGUGUUCCAUGAUGGGGGUUUCAUUCCAAGCGUUCAAAACUGAAGUCCUUCUGAGAGCUACCAUAUUAAGCAACCCGUGUCAUCUGAUACAAUGUGGAUAACAGUCUCAACUGUAUUUAUUUCCAGUGUCCCUCAACUCUCAAAAUCUGCUGCCUGCUCUUGUACCUACGGGGACAUGAAGACAGGUACACCGUCUCUUGUAUGUUUGAAUUUCGACCAGUAAUUUCUAAUGAACUUUAAUUGGUCAUUAUAGGUGAAGGACUCUCCCUUACUUCCUCUCCCAACUAAAUGAGUGUAUUUUAAUGUAUUUCCAGUUGUGGAAAACUUUCAAUAUAUUCAUCAAGUAUUUACUUUUCUCAAAUUUUUUUAUGAAUUUUUACAAUCAAAGAAUCUUUGAUAAAGGAACUACAGAUGCAUGCCGUUGCAAAAUUAAAGUAUUACUUUAUUUUCUAGCAACAUUUUACUAACUUUGCCUUUUUCCUUCCAUCUAGCAAAUAUCCAAUUUACUGGUGAACUCAUGUGUAGCUUUUUCAAAACCUUUUUUAAAAGCCAGAUAGAUCAUCAUUGCUGUUCUGAUUUUACAAGUUUUUUGCCUAAAAACUUGAAAACACAUGAAAUAUUGUGAGAAAUCAUUUUGAGUUUUGUUUAUUUAAAUCAUAGUACCUCUCUUGAUAUUCCUUAAAAUUACACAGGAAGAAAUCAUUUCUCAUAGUGGCCAUAAAUAUUGUAAGUCACUGUUUCUUUAGUCUGAGGUUUAGUAGACAGGGUGUCUACUAAGAAUGUAGUUCCCCAGCUCAGCAAGACCUGAAGAUAAUUGUCUCGUUCAUCAACCCAUCAGGACACAAAGGAAUAAAUCCAGGUUUGGUGGUGGUGAGGUGACUUAGUACAAGACUAAGCCUGGGCCUUCAGCAGGAAAACCUUCCCUGAAGCAAAUCUGGGGAAAGUAGCCAGGGGAGGGAGACAGGCAUUAUUGACCUUCGUUCUUGGUUUUGAAGCAUGAUUUGAUCUUUUUUUUUUUUUUUUUUUUUGGCUCAGAGAACUUUAGGGAAAUUCUCCUUUGUCUUCAGUUUAACCUAGAAAUGGCCCCUGAAAAACCAACACAUUAGGAAGAUUCUUUUUCUCAGCCUAGAGUAUAUUCACAUGUCACCAGGCUCCGAAAUGAGUUGUCACUGUGCUUUAUUAUUUUGCCUCAUAGCUAUUUCCUUUCCGAUCCUGAACUUAAACACUUCAUGACCCAUCUUUUUAGCAGCCUUUACCACUGUGCUAGUGUUUUGUUUUUUUUUUUAAUUUAUGGUUGUGUAAGUCAAGAUUUGGAUGGGAGGAAGAUGAAACUGAAAUAUAUCUAUCUGUCACCAAUGUGUGUGUGUGUGCGCGCGCGCGUGCGUGUGUGUGAUAAAAUGUAUAUUUAUUCAACAUCCUCCUCAGUAUGUUACAGACAAAGCAAAAAUAAAAUGUAUAGUGAAAGGGCAUAUAUUGCCAACAACGUGUUAGUAAGUAUUUAAAAUUCAGAGUAUCUUUUCUUUUUCAUUACGCAGAAUAAAUGAUUAAAGCUGAACAUUGGUGAACCAC